GCGUGUUUACUGUGUCUACGUUUAACAUUACGGAAGUGUUGGUUAGUACCUUUGCUGUUGUAUUUUAAAGUGUUGGUUUUUAAACUACCCUUUGAGUAUUGUGGUGACAACAAGGGUUCAGAAGUCAUUCAUGAAUACUGUUUUCCAUGAAGCAUAACAUAUAAAGCCAAUGGAGGAACUACAGGGCUCAUAUGGCCUUUUAAUGCAGGAAGAAGUAAAAAGUGAAGAGGCCAGUUCUUGUCAGAACUGUAACAUGGGUACCAUUGAAGAAAUGAACAGGGUCCCUCCAGGAUGGGUUAAAGUGGUUCAUCAGAGGCUUACCGGGAAAACAGCUGGAAAAUAUGAUGUUUUUAUGAUCAGUCCGCAGGGAAAGAAAUUCCGAUCCAAAGCAGCACUUAAGAAGUUUCUGCAGAACACGGACGACUGUAAUCUUACAAUUACAGAUUUUGAUUUCUCUGUUCCAAAGUCUAAUGCUUUAAAGCUUGCAAGGAAAUGGAGCAAAGUUUCAAAAAAUGACACUGACACUCAAAUCAGUGCUGAUGCCACAUAUAAAGAGGAAGGCAUUCCCCAAGCAGCAUCUCUAAUGUGUGAAUCAAAGGAGCCAUGCCACACCAUAUCUUUUACACAGUCCAAAGUGAAUGAACAUUUAGAACUGUGUCGUGAGCCUGGAAAUAAUGUUGGAGCUAUAAGUGAAACGCACCAUAGCAACUGUGGUUCAGAGCAAAAAAACGUUCAGAAAAUGAAGCAUGGAUGUGGAACUAUGUCUUUGAAAAGUAAGCUGGAACAGAAUAAUAUUGUUUCAGCCAGUCCUGGAAAGGGGAUAAAUGAAAGCAUUCAGUCUACAAAAUUUGAAGGUAAAAGAAGAAAUUCGUCCAGGGAUUCUGAAAAAGGAAACACAAAGAAGUGUAAACUAAAAGGUUUGAGUGUAAGGCAGCUGAAGAACAAAGUUAAGCAAAGGAUUCUAAGAAGUGAUAAAGAAUCAGACAUGAACAUCAAACAGGAAAGUAACUCCAUCUCCUCUUCUACUGAGGAAAAGCCUGUGGAUCAUCCCCAUGUUGAUGACGGCAGACACGGUUCUCUCGAUGUAGACGCUGUGAUUGAAAACGGCAGUGACGUAUUGUCUUCUCAGGAUGGGAAUGAUGCAGCAUUGAGGCAAAGCCAAGGAGAGUUCAGUAUGAAAAUGUAUGUAGACAAAAGAAAAAGAAGUCCUUACUUUUCAAGUAAAUUUUCUGAAGAAGGUUUAAGCCCACCCAGGCGUAACAUUUUCAAGAAAUGGACACCACCUCGAUCUCCUUUUUCUUUGGUACAGGAAACCCUAUUUCAUGAUCCUUGGAAACUGCUCAUUGCAACAAUUUUCUUAAACAGAACUAGUGGUAAGAUGGCAAUCCCUGUGCUUUGGCAAUUUUUGGAACACUACCCAUCACCAGAAAUGGCUCGCAGGGCUGACUGGAAAGAGAUAGCAGAACUGUUAAAGCCACUUGGAUUGAAUGAGCUAAGAGCAAAGACAAUAGUGAAAUUUUCGGAUGAAUACUUAACUAAAAACUGGAAAUACCCCAUAGAAUUGCAUGGUAUUGGAAAAUACGGAAACGACUCGUACAGAAUAUUUUGUGUAAAUGAAUGGAAACAGGUUACACCUCAAGAUCAUAAGUUGAAUAAAUAUCAUGCAUGGCUGUUGGAGAAUCAUGAAGAACUUGGAAUAUAGUAAAAUAAUAGGCAGGUUCCACUUCAAAUAUUUUGUAUAAAUCUUAAAAAUAUUGAUGGACGGCACUUAUUCAUUUUAUAUUUAAGUAUUUUACGGCUGGUUUAAAUUGUAAUAUGAUCACUGUUUUUUGUUUUUUUUUUACAUCUUUGAGUCUAGCAAGUUUUUAAAGGUGUUUAACAUACAAUACUUAGAAAAUAUCACAGACCAUGCAACAUUUUUUUUGUUUUAUCUUGCUC